AUGGAUAAGUAUGACGACCUGGGCCUGGAGGCCAGUAAAUUCAUUGAGGACCUGAACAUGUACGAGGCCUCCAAGGAUGGACUUUUCCGAGUGGACAAGGGUGCGGGAAACAACCCCGAGUUUGAGGAAACUCGCAGAGUGUUUGCCACCAAGAUGGCCCAAAUCCACCUCCGGCAGCAGCAACAGCUCUUGCAGGAGGAGACCCUGCCCAGGGGAGGCCAAGGCCCAGCCAAUGGUGGGGGCCGCUUGGGCAACAAGGUAGCCCUGGAUGGUGCCGCCAAGCCUCCUCUUGCUGCCUCUGCAGUGGCACCUGGGACAGCCACCACCAUUGCUACUGGGCAGCCCUUAUACGCAGCCCAGGAGCAGAGGGCCAAGCUGUUUGCCCAUGGCCUGCGGCAUGGCAACCAGGAGUGUGUGUCUGGGGAGGGUCCGGACAGUUCUGAGUUGUCUGCUUUCCACCAACCAGGCCCCUGCGAAGAUAAUUCCUGUCCCACUCAUGGAGACUACUAUGACAACCUCUCUAUGGCAAGCUCAAAGUGGGGCCACGGUUCAGGGAGUGGAUGGUCUGAGCCCCCAGGGAGUGACUCAUCACUGUCCAAACCCUCUGGGGAUCAUCGCCUGUACCAACCGCAGCUGUCUAGGGCCUCCAGCAGGUCCUUUGAGAGUGGCCUUAGUGGCCAAAAUGGUGGUAUUGGUGGCCGUGGUAGUGAGAAGCCAGUGGGCUCUUGGUCCACCUCUUCUUCCCAGCGUGUAAACUCUGGCGUUCCUUCCUCAGGCCCAGAGAAUGGGCCCCCCCAGUCCAGGGCUCCUUCUUUCUCAGCAUCCCUGACCAGUAAAGGAACUCUUCUAAGAACAAACUCAGGGAUGGGGAGUGACGUUUCUGGCAUGAUGCCCAAAUCCACUGUGGACCCCAAACCCUGGUUCCAGGAUGGUCCCAAAUCCUACCUUUCGAGUUCUGUCCCAUCAUCCUCAUCUGCAGGCAUGGGCAACUCACAGAUGGGUGUGGCCUCUAGGCUAGGUCCCAAGCCUGGCGGCACAGACCCUGGAACUGGUCCGAAGCUCAGCCCCACCAACCUUGUCCAUCCAGCAAUACCCACCCUGCCUGAAUUAUCUAGGAAAGAGGGUCCCCUUGGCUGGUCCCAUGAUGGCAGCCUGGGUCCUGUGCUCUCAGAGAGCCCCAGUCCCCCCAGGGUGAGACUGCCCUGCCAAACCCUUGCCCCUGGACCCGAGCUUGGACCCUCAGCUGCCGAGUUGAAAUUAGAAGCCCUCACCCAGCAUCUGGAGCGGGAGAUGGAUGCCCACCCGAAGGCCGAUUACUUUGGGGCCUGUGUGAAAUGCAGCAAAGGUGUCUUCGGGGCCGGCCAGGCCUGCCAGGCCAUGGGAAACCUCUACCACGAUGCGUGCUUUACUUGUGCAGCCUGCAGCCGGAAGCUGAGGGGGAAAGCCUUUUAUUUUGUCAACGGAAAAGUGUUUUGUGAGGAAGACUUCCUGUACUCUGGUUUCCAGCAGUCUGCUGACAGGUGUGUUCUUUGUGGACAUCUCAUCAUGGAUAUGAUCCUGCAGGCCCUGGGGAAGUCCUACCACCCCGGCUGUUUCCGCUGUGUCAUCUGCAAUGAGUGUUUGGACGGGGUGCCCUUCACCGUGGACUCGGAGAACAAGAUCUACUGUGUCCGAGAUUACCACACGGUACUUGCCCCUAAGUGUGCAGCCUGUGGUCUUCCUAUCCUUCCACCAGAGGGUUCUGAUGAGACCAUCCGUGUUGUGUCCAUGGACAGAGACUACCACGUGGAGUGCUACCACUGUGAGGACUGCGGGUUGGAACUCAAUGAUGAAGAUGGCCACCGCUGCUACCCACUGGAGGACCACCUCUUCUGUCACUCCUGCCAUGUUAAAAGGCUAGAGAAAGGCCCCUCGCCAGCUGCCCUUCACCAGCACCACUUCUAA